AUGGCCGCCUCCGCCGAAAUACAGCCAGUUUCCGAAGCGCAGAAUGCGCCUGUGGAUGUGGCUCCUCAGCCAAGGAAGAAAUUGCUUGGGAGGGAAUUCUACGAGAGCAUAGGCAGCCCCAAGUACAUUGUGGCGCCUAUGGUCGACCGGUCUGAAUUUGCAUGGCGUAUGCUUACUCGUUCAUUCAUGACGCCGGAGGAUGCGAAACGGCUUCUUUCCUACUCGCCAAUGUAUCAUGCGCGCCUUUUCCGUGAACAGCCUGCUGUGCGCUCUCAGCACUUCCAACCUACUCGCGCUGCAGCCGGUCAGAACGACGAGUCCUUAUUCCUCGACGGCAACCCAUCCAUUGACAGACCUCUGUUCGUACAAUUUUGCGCAAAUGAACCGGACGAUUUCUUAGAGGCUGCACGCCAUGUAGCUCCAUACUGUGAUGCCGUCGAUCUGAACCUCGGUUGCCCUCAGGGCAUUGCAAAGAAAGGGCAUUACGGCGCAUUUUUGCAGGAAGACUGGGAUCUGAUCUAUAAGCUCAUCAACCGCCUGCACACGGAACUACCCAUACCUAUUACAGCCAAAUUCCGAAUCCAGGAGACGAAAGAGAAGACGCUCGAAUACGCAAAAAUGAUUCUCUCCGCUGGCGCAAACAUAAUUACAGUCCAUGGGCGCAGAAGAGAACAGAAGGGACACGCCACUGGCCUGGCAGAUUGGAGCUACAUUCGGUAUCUUCGUGAAAAUCUGCCACCGGAAACCGUCAUCUUCGCAAACGGCAACAACCUGAACCACGACGAUCUGGAACGCUGUCUCGAAGAAACAGGUGCUGACGGCGUGAUGAGUGCUGAAGGAAACCUGUCAGAUCCGUCUAUUUUCAGCAAACCUCCUCCAGUUGGAAGUGAAGGCAGAGAAUACUGGAGAGGGAAGAACGGCAAGGGGGGUUAUCGGUUAGACGCAGUCCUGCGGCGAUAUCUGGAUAUCAUAUACAAAUAUGUUCUCGAAACACCGGGUCCCGAAAGAAAGCCACUCUAUCUCCCAUCAGAUCCCAAAGAAGAGGAGCCGGAGCCGGAGCCCGCAGAAGAACCCGAAGAUGGACCCCCGAAAAAGAAGCAAAAGCAGUCCAAGUCCAAAAACAAGAGACCGAACUCGCCCAGUCUGGGAGUGAUGCAGGGACACCUUUUCCAACUCCUGCGUCCGAUGAUCGGCUUGCACACGAAUGUCCGUGAUGCUCUCGCGAGAUCGAGACCGGGUGACAUGGCCGCCUACGAACAUGUCCUUUCCCUUGUUGAAAAGGCAGUCAAGAGCGGUCUCGACGAAUAUGAGCAGUUCCCCGAGCGCUUUGCGGAAUCCCCUGAUGCGCAAUUGACGGGAUCUAAGGCGACUAUUGCGCAGUAUGGCAGGCCGUUCUGGGUUUGCCAGCCUCAUAUCCGCCCUCUACCUGAAGAGGCUUUGGAGAACGGAGCUCUCAAGUUGAAGAAGAACGCAGUGAAAAACGAGUCCAAAGAAAACAGCUCUGAGGAGAAAGCAACGAACGCCGGUACUGAGCAGCGUGCUGCUGAUCCGGCUAGUGCCUCGACCACUCCUCUGGUGAGUGGCUGA